CAAGCCAGCUAGCUCCAUAAAGUCCUUGUGGGUUAGGAAGAUCAAAGAGAUUCAACUCAAUUCGAUCCGAAACUCUUCGUGCAGAACGUACGGUAUCGGAUAGCUGCACAACGGGUUCCCAUUCCUCCAAGAUCAAUAUUCCUUUUCUUUUGCGUCUGGCAAGAUAUCAUAUCAAUCGAUAUAUAUAAGUAUUUUGCGUUUUUGUUUUCUUCUUUCCCUUCUUCUUCUUUCUCUGGCAGUCAUCCAAGUCAAGUCACACCGACAACAAGAGCAGCUGCUCACGACACUCCUUAAUACCUUCGAGGUUUUCUCUUUCAUUUCCUUCAUAUAUCAAGUUUAGAAAGAUACCACCUUGCCAUGUCCUUUGAUAGGGUCCUUCCACGGCCACCGGCACUCUUUGAUGAGCCCGGAAGUCGACUCUUGCACAGGCAGUCGAGCAGCCUCUUGGAACACAAGAUCAUGAACGUGAGUGACCGGACCAGGGCUGCUGCUAUGUCACUUGUCUCUGUUAGGGAGAUACCGAUAACGAGCCCAACAAAUGAGUCUGAUAAUUGUUCCACGGCCCUAUCUCAGAUGCAGCUCUCUGCUAUCAACCGAGAGCAGGCUGGUCAAAACGGGCAGUUGACGGCUAGCUUCUCGGUGUCCACAACUCGGCAGAACACACCAGUAGUGGCAACUGUUGAAUCAAUAUCUAUUAGAGACAGAUCGGGCUCAGGGAGUCCGACCAGAUUGGAGUCUGCUAAAGAGACGACUUCUCGGUUUUGUUUGUGUCAGCCCAAUCGAAAGAUUCCGAGGCCAAGAAAUGCGUUCAUCUUGUAUAGACAGCAUUAUCAAGCUGCUGUCGUAGCUCAGAAUCCUGGACUUGCCAACCCAGAGAUCUCCAAAAUUAUCGGAGAGCAAUGGCGAGCACUACCAGUAGAGAGCAAGGAGCAAUGGAAAUCUCUGGCAGAGGCCGAGAAAGCUCGACAUCAACAACAGUAUCCAGGCUACCGCUAUCAGCCACGACGGUUUGGUCGUGACAACUAUGCUUGUAACGGCCUGAAUAGCAACCAAGUCGGAUCCACGACAUGUAAUCAAUGCGGUGGACGGUUGAUGAACUUUCCUUCCACACCUCAUACGCCCCUGACUGCUAGUUUACCUCCACAGAGCAGCUGUACUGUAGAUGCAGUGUCUCCUCAUCCGGGCUCAUCAUCAUCAUCAUCAUCCUCCUCCUCCACUUCUUCUCGAGGAAGCAACAAGCUAGAUCGUCGCCCAAAUGAGUCGCUCAUUCCGACUGAUUCAGAUGGUCCUAUUUUUAACAAUCAGUGGAGAGAACCUGAAUCUGCAAUCCUCGACUCCAAACGUCGACGCCUGAAUAAUAAUGCGUUGCAGCGUACCGCUAGCCCUGAAACAGAGCCCUAUUCUCUUUCGUCCCAGAAGACAUAUGUCUCGCGACCUGGUGUCGCUUACUUCCGCAGCCAUGUUGAUGCAUUGUCUAAUAUUGGAAAUCUCCGGCACUCACAGCAACAACCACCACGGCACGAAGGUGAAAGUUACUACGACCCGAGCCUGACACUACCACCAUUGAAAUCAGAUAGCAACUCUGCUUCACCUUCUACUACCACUCGGGUCCAGGCUGAUACCGUGAUGACGAUUCCAGUCUUGAAUAAAAUCAAUGUCUUAGCCAAAAUCUCCCCUCCGCUUUCUGAGCGAGACAAUUCGCCCUCACGAGGCGCCGUUAUUGCUGUUGAGGGUCAGGACCCGACUCAGGUAAAAGUCAUGAUGAAAUAUCUGGGCCAGCUUCUCACUGAUGACGGAAAAUAUGUUGUCCGGGUCUUUGAAGGGCCCGAUGUACUGGCUCGCAAGAGAUCGGUAUCUGGUGAAAUGAAGGAUGCUACAGUUGAUUAUUUGAAUGUCAUAUUCAGCUGGCACCGAAUUUCGGAUGAAAUCAUUCAGUUCAUCAGCCCAAAGUCACCACCACAAGCUUCAAAUGAUUCUACUACCACUUGUAGUGCUGAGUCACCCGAGUCCUCCGGUAGCAGCCCUUCAUCACUGACGCUGUCACAAUCUAGCACCUCACAAAUUCCUAUUGCACUCGUUCCCAGAUAUCAGCUCACAACCGCCGAUGCAUUUGCUUGCUCCAUCCCAAACAGCGACUGCUACAAAGUCCUGGAACAUUGGCAAUGGAUGGCGUCCCUUUGGCGCGCAUGCAUCGGUCCCGAUGUAACCGUAUACAUUCGGGAAUGUGACCGUGAAGAAAUCGAGCGUUAUGGUCCUAGUAACCCAGUCGAAGUGCGGAUUAAUGAAGCGCGCACACUGAUCGUUCGACGAGUGCCUGAACCAUCAAAGGAUAUCGAGGAAAAAGCGUUGAAGCGUGUCGGUUUUGAGAUUGAGGACUUUCUCACUCCAUAUUCGGGCCAGUGUAUAGGGUCGAAUGAGAAGUUAUCAACAAAAAUAAUAUAUUUCCCUCAGGAAGGAGGUCGUCGUAGUAGAUUAGACUGUAAUAUAGAGGCGGUCAAUGAAUCAUUGGCGGGUGCGAAGAAGCCUAUGAGAGAGAAUGGCAUGCAGAGUGCCAACAAGACCCAUUCGCUCGUUACUUGUCCCUUGUCGGCGUCCAACAUGGCACCUGCAGCUCUCGCUGACGCCGGUUUCCCCUUUCUUUCAGGCAUCGGGGCAUACAAUGACAAUAAUGCUGAACGGUCCGCGAAGACUAUUUUAGGCCUCGAUGCCAUCAUUCCUCCUCAAUCGGAUACAUCACAAUCCUCGGGUUUCUCUAGCGUAACCGACUCAUUUCUGAAAACAACGUCAAUAAUUCGAUCUAUCCCUACUUCCGAAGACUUGACUACCAACAGCCAGUAUCUACCAGUCGGGAUACUGCGAAGGCAUGUACAUCAAGAUGCCGGAGCACCGUCUGCUCAAUUGGCAGAUAAAGACUUUCUCAGCUUGCAAAAACAUCUCUCGAACUUGCAAAAACAUGGAUGGAUACAAAUACGUUGGAAUACCUAUGAGUCUCAUCCCGAUUGGAUGUUCGCUCGAGUCUUUGUCCUACCUCACGAUGUCGCACGGGUUCCCAUUUCACGCACGAGCAAUAUUCUAAGGAAAGGAUUGAGGGCUGUGAUGGCGCAAUUGGACAGAUCUCCAUCCACUUGGAACGGUGAAUUCGAUACGGGCUCUGUGGACAAGGAUAAGAACGCAGCGGACGAAGAUUCGCUGUGGUACAUAUUCAACACCCUGAAUAAUCCGAACCCAACGAUAGACGAUGUGAAAGAUGCAGAUGGUCGAUUGGCUAUGCACGAGUUAAUGGCAAGCUCAAGGGAAGCGGGACCGGAGGCUCGAGAGUCAUCUGGGGUGAUUGGUCUCAAGACGCCUUUACAUCCCUAUCAAUGCCGCUCGGCUGCCACUAUGAUUCAGCGUGAAGUGCAGCCGAAACAAAUGUUGGACCCGCGGUUGGAGGUUUGCAGGACACCGUUAGGCCAAGAGUACUUUUAUGAUAAGGAAGAGGGAACUCUUUUGCGCAUUAAACGUAUCUAUGAGGAGGCCUGCGGUGGAAUUCUUGCUGAGACCAUGGGUUGCGGGAAGACACUAAUCUGCUUAGCUGUUAUCCUCUCAACACGCGGUCAUUUCCCACGCAUUCCGACAGAGUAUCAGGAGACCCAAAAUCCGAUCCGCAACUCUGUUGGCUCACUCAUGCAGAUGGCAGCCGCCACGGCAGGCCGAUUUUCUGUUCCGUGGCCUAGUCACUUUCGACGCUUACGGGAAAUGGGUGUAUAUUACGCACGAUGUGAAGAGGAGUGCGAGCGACAAAGAGGUCAAUAUACGAUACCGUCUCCUCCAUCAAGGUACACUAGCCGCGGUGGAUGGAUGUCGCGCCCGCCAGCGGUUCGCCUUCGUCUGAUUUCGAGCACGCUGAUAGUUGUUCCGCCUAAUCUUGUCGACCACUGGCAAUCCGAAAUCGCAAGCCACACUGAAGGACUUAACGUUCUCGUCUUGAGAAGCCGAAAUGAUAAGACCCCUUCAGAAGAGGAGCUGUUGAAGUAUGAUAUCAUUUUAUUCGCCCGAACUCGAUUUGAAAAAGAAGCCGGAGAGCCGGACGCCAAUCGCCAUGCUUCCCCGAUAGCUACUGCAGAGUCUCCUCUUAAGAAGUUUCACUGGCUUCGAAUCAUUGUCGACGAGGGCCACAAUGUUGCCGGGCAUGGAUACAAGUCCAAUACCAUGCACAUGCUUGAUAAGCUGCAUGUCGAGCGAAGAUGGGUCGUCUCAGGAACGCCGUCAAAUGGACUCUACGGUGCUGAACUCAAUCUCGCUUCGCAUCAGAGACUGGCAAGUGACACUAGUUCUGGAGACGAUAUGCCAUCGUCAGUACUGCAUUCUCGCAGGAAGACCGGAACAGCCAUUGAUGAAGAAUUGAAGGAUGUGGACAGUCUACGGCUGAUCGUGGUCGAGUUUCUAAAGCACAAGCCUUGGGCCAAUUCUCGGAAUGAUGACUCUGCCAAUUGGGCGAAAUAUACCAAACCAGUUGGCGAAGAUGGCAAACGAAGAAAGGCAUCGUCAUUACGUGCUGUGCUGCAAGGUCUUGUGGUAAGACACCGCUUGGAUGUUAUCAAUGACGAACUCCCGCUUCCACGAUUGCACAACAAAGUCGUUAGUCUUGAGCCUACAUUUUAUGACAAAAUGUCCAUCAAUCUUUUUCUGUUCAAUCUUACCGUGAAUGCAAUUACUUCUGAACGCAAGGAUCAGGACUAUAUGUUCCAAAGUCGAAACAGGAAACAUCUCAGCAUACUGAUCAACCAUUUGCGGCAAGCGGGUUUCUGGUGGACAGGUCAUAAACCGAAGGAUAUCCAGUCGACAAUUGAUGUUGCAGAGAAAUAUAUGGCAAAUAACAUUGAAAAGAUGACGGUAGAUGAUAUACAGCUACUAUCGGAGGGCCUCAGAAUCGCGCAUCGAGCAGUUGCCAGUGAGAGCUUUAGCGCUUUCUGUCAUUCAGAUGAACUCGGUGUAUAUGUGCAGGGAUUUCCGGAGCACGCUCGCGAGUACUGGUCAUUGACAUCAACCUCAAAUGAAUCGAAGCCUCUAUUACUAGGGAUAUCCCAAGCGCGACUGGCGCAGACUUUCAUAACGUCACAUCUCGCGGCUGAAGAUCCUGCCGAGGGACUUGCAGGAGCAGGCAUCGGUGCUCGUCGUCAACUACUACAGAGAUCAGAAAAAAAGGCUGUCAGGACUGAGUCGAGCGUGGCGGAUAGUCUUACACAUAAAAACAAGCCGUCGGAAAAUCGGUCGCCCAAAAAGAUAUUUCUUAAGGUCCUUAGUAAGAAACUGUCGCCUGAUUCGCCGCUUUCGCAGACGAAGCUGAUCGCAACGACAUCUGCAAAGCUUACUUAUCUACUGGACCGGGUUCAGGAGCUGCACAAAGAAGAAAAGAUUAUCAUUUUCUAUGAGAAUAAUAAUACGGCAUUUUGGAUUGCAGAAGGACUCGAAAUGUUAGGAAUUGACUUUCGUAUUUAUGCAAACACCCUCAAGACCAGUCAGAAGGCAGCCUAUCUAUCACUGUUCGAGGAGUCCUCUAGUGUUAGGGUAUUACUCAUGGAUCUACGACAAGCGUCGCACGGUCUGCAUAUUGCCAGUGCCUCUCGUGUCUUCAUUGUGAAUCCGAUCUGGAGACCCCAAGUGGAGAGUCAAGCCAUCAAACGAGCUCACCGUAUCGGGCAAACGAGACCCGUCUUCGUGGAAACCCUUGUUCUAAAGGACACACUCGAAGAGAAAAUGCUGCAUCGACGACAGGAGAUGUCGAAUUCAGAAAUGCAACAUGCCGAAAAGGAUAUGCUCGAUGAUUCGACCAUGAGUACUAUUAUCCAACAUGAACGGUUCUAUAAAUUACCGGAGAAUGACGAAUUUAUUGAACCUGCUUAUUUGCAGGAAGCGUGUGGAUUCUUUGAUCGUCAUGAAUUACCGAUUCCUGAUGAUUAUGUGGAGCAUCAUUCAACCAAGCAGUCAUCACAGUCUCCAUCAACGCCAAGUAAGAAGCGAAAGGUUUCCCUGCUAACCCAAGAACCCCUCUCUGUCCAGCAGGGUGAGAUUGAUCUUUCGCCUGAUCUGUCACCUCCCGCAAAGAGGACAAAGAAAGUCUCCAAGUUUCAGAUUGUGACUGAAAAUGGAAUCAUUAUGACUCCGCCCAGAGGAUCGUCAAAAGCUUCGAGAUCACCUCCGUCGACGUCGCAUCAAAGUCCGAAUGCAAAUCCGGUGGAUGUAAGUGAUAGCGACGUUGGAGAGGGAACGAUGCCUAGUUUAUUUGGAGGUGAUGUGUUUUGA